CUGACUUUAGUUCCCCAGUAUGAAGAAGGAAUGGGUCCAUAUGUGUCAACCAACCAUGAAGGAUCUAAUAUUACCUUAACAUGCAAUGUUACUGGCCCUGAAAAUUUAUCCAUCAAAUGGAAGUUCCGAAAUUCUAGUUUAGAAAACGCAGUCUCCAGUUUGUACUUUCAACAAAGCGGCCAACAAAUCGGUGUCCCCGUGCAAGUCAGUUUUGGGAGUACGUGUGUCCAGUACCUUCAUUCUUCAACGCUAAAGUUUCAAAUAGAGAAAAACAUUGGUGGUUACGUGUUUUUUUGUGUGGCUACAGCGAACAAUGAAGAAACUACUGUUGGGAAUAUGACGAUAUACGUUAAACCAAAAACCAUCACACCCGGCAAGAAUGUGAACGAUAUUGUCAACCCCAGUGUUAUCGUGGAAGGAGAAUCUUUUACCGUGACAUGUGACGCUACGCGUGCUGGUGUUCCAUCAAGUGCUACCACUGUUUCCAAUUUGUACAUUGCUUGGACAAACGGAACAGCACCACCAACAACCUAUGCCAGAUACAGAACAUAUAAUCCUCCUUAUAAUGAUUCGUUUCCACCGAAAACCUCUCCUCCAAGAAAUUGGAUUUUUACAUUCAGUGGAAACCAACAUGACAUAAUUAAGCCAAAUAAUACUGACACAAUGAAAAUUGAAAUAGUUGUCUACGAUGCUAACAGUGCAGACGAGGGGGUAUACUUUUGUAAUGCGACUUAUGAAGACGAAAAAGGUAACGAGAUAAAGGUCUACAGAUUUCAACUUGUAAAAAACGAAACCACAACAGAAGCGCAAAGUUCUGAAAGAAACGACUACAGUUUUCUAUAUUACGUCAUCCCUGUAGCCGUUCUUAUUGUUGUAGGAGUUAUUAUAGGAACAGUUUACUUUACAAAGGUGCGUCGUGAAAGAGCAAUACAGAGGAGACGUGAUAUGAGGACUCUCCCAGCAAUAAGACAGGAGUCUCUGUCUCCACCAAUGGACAGUAAUGGAUAUCUUUUACCUGCUGAUCCCAACGGGGGGUACGCUCAGAUUAUAGACAUAGCGCAAUACGAAACUUCAGAAAACUACUACAGUUCUAUCAACGAAUUAGAGUUUAUAAAAGAAAGUGACCAGCAAUUUGAGUACAGAAGUGGAUUUCAGCAGAAUGGAGAUAAUGAACUGGAAACUAAGAACGAUGUUAAACUUGGUGUUAAAACAGAUACACAAGUCGACAUUGAGACACGUAAGCGACUUGAUAUUCAGAACGAAAUACAACUAGAAACGAAGACAGACGAACAGCUUGGCAUAAAUCCAAAAAAAGAUUCUGCACCAGCCGAUGAGUUCAACGACUACACAAAGCUCUACGACACCCCUGAAGACGUACAUACCCCCGAUGUAAAUAAAUACUCGGCUCCUAUUUUUAAAAGUGUUAUUUAAUUAGUAUCGAACAUAAACCAUGUUGUAGUUACUCAAUAGAAUUAUUAUAUGAUUAUAUAUCAAGUACAAAUUGUCAUAAGCGCUUUUUUUCAUACUUUUAUAUAUGAGUUUAACAAGACGGAAGUAAAAUACCAAAUUGAUGUUAAUAUAUAUUUUUCUAUGCUUUAUCAUUCUAUAUAUGGCUACAUGAAAAAUGGACAAUGAAAAAUUACCUCCGAAAAAAAUUUUCGAGCACAAAUUAACAGUAGAACAAAAGUAUCUAAUAAACAAUAUCUGUCAUAUGUAUACCUAUUAAAAAAUAUCACAGUACUUUUUUCCACUCUUUUAUUUAUGUUUUCUCAACAUUGCAUUUUUACGUCAAAUGCAAAUCAUAUAAGCGUAAUGCUUUCCACGUUUUCUCAACAUUGCAUUUUUACGUCAAAUGCAAAUCAUAUAAGCUUUAAGCGUUUCACAUACAUUAAGCAUUAUACUAACCACAUUACUACUUUUACACAUUUAGAUUAAUUCAAUACUUCAAGAUAUAUUAAUGUUAAUGCACCCCACCUCCUUAUUUUUGCACAUAGUGUUGCGUCAUUUAUUUUUUUUUAAAGGCAUUCUAUCAUAAUAAGAAAACGUAAAAAUGCAGAGUGAAAAUGACAAAAAUAAAUCAGAAAUAAGAUUGUAUUUUAUCUUUUAUAAGAGCAAAGUUAUAGAGAUUUGAAAAUGUUUGAAUUAUCACACCUUUUGUGUUUUCCAUUGCAAUCAUAACUUAUGGUGGUGAAGUUUUACUAAUGUUGUUUUUUAAAUUAUACACUAUUAACAUUUUGAUGAAUAAAACACCCAAA